AUGCUAUCACGUUCCACCCGUUCCGUUUUGACUCGUGUCUCCAGAAUCCAACCAAUUGCCGUUAGAAUGUACUCUUCCGAAGGCUCUAUUGGUUCUACCAGACCAGACGGUUCUUCCGAUGCAUUCACCAAGAGAGAAAGGGCGCAAGAAGACUUCUACGUCAAGCAACAUGAAAAGGAACAAUUGCAACACUUGAAGGAAUCCGUCAAGCAACAAGAAAAGAAGAUUGAAAACUUGGAAGAAAAGUUGGACAACCUAACUAAAUAA